ACGAGAGCGCAGGUGGCGCUCACCCGGGAGUGGAACGAAAUCGGAGCGGGAAGGAGCUCGAUUCGAUCGGGGUGGGGCUACGAGGUUAGGCAGCGGGUGUGGGAUUAUUCGGCCAGUUGCUUUCCGGGAGACAUGGAGUUCAAGUUCAGCAUUAACAAGCUCCUUCCGAGGAAGAUCAGCAAAGUCACGCAUACACUCAUCCCGGAAGAUUUUAAGGGCGACCGGAGAGAGCUGAGUGAGUGCCAAAGACAGCUGGCCAAAGUCCUGGACGAGAUGGGAGAGGCUUCGGCAAGGGCACAGGAUUUGAACAAGUCCAUCACGAGCGCCCAUAAGCUACGAGAUACCGACCAUAUCGUGUACCUGCUCGUAGACAGCGAGGGUAACAACGGUCACGGAUGCGUCGUAGGGAUGCUCAAGACCGGGUCCAAGAACCUCUUCAUGUUCGACGAAAGAGAGGUCCAUUAUCAGCUUAGACCCCGAUGCGUCUUGGACUUUUAUGUCCACGAGUCCAGGCAACGCAUGGGCUGCGGAAACGUAUUGUACCAGCACAUGCUGACGGAGGAGAAUAUCAGACCUGUGAAAUUGGCCAUCGACCGUCCCUCCGAGAAGUUCCUGGCUUUUCUAAAAAAAUACUACGGUCUCUCCAGGGUAAUUCCCCAGAACAACAAGUUUGUCGUCUUUCAAGGGUUCUUCGACGACGAGAGCCGCGACAUGAGAACCAGUCAUAACAAUCUGCCUCCGAAGGCAUCCUUGGAUGCCACCACAUCGAAAAACGGCAACCAAAAUAAGAACAUAGGCAGCGCUAAUGGCAUUCCACAUGCGUCGGUUUCUCGCGGUUCCUAUGGCAGAUACGCAGCAUCGCGACCACCUUGCUCCAUGGCCAACAUCAUUCAUAACACAGCAAUGCUCGGCCAACCUGCCGAGCGUACCGGUGACGUUCCGACUUCUGUCCCGAAAUUGGAACGACCUCGCUCCUUGAGCCUUUACUCGGAGGAGGAGCGAAAGCAGCGCUCCACUGAAUUGGCCACGAUGCCAACCUCAACAAUUCCUGCAAAGAAAGAUGCAUCUUUCGUUCCAAUUAACGUGGAAGCCGAAAAAACAAACAACCCGAUGAAAUCGUUACCCCCUCGGGCUGAGGAGGUAGAAAGGUCCAGUAGUCAAUUGAAACCUUCACCGUCUUGUGCCCAAGAGGUGGUCGGAAACGAAUCUGGUCAUCUUGAUCUAAAGUUUUAUCAUUCUCCUUUGUGGUAAAGGAAAAAAAAAAAAACGAAAAAGAAAAGGUAAAUUAUAAAAAAUAACGUCAUAUUAAAAUUUAAACUGCCAGACUUUUUACCUGGUAAACCGAUUUACCCUGGCUACCUCAAAUGGGUUUUAUAACUCGUGGCGUUAAGUAUGGCGUGAACACCGAUUUACCGCGAUUUUACCGGUAACAUCAACUUGGAAUGGCAUUUAUACAACGCUUAACAGCAGUAGUUACACAGCAAAGGUAUAAGGUAUAAGGCAAGACCUCUAAGGCCCGGUUUUACAACUCGAGUUAAUCGGAGUUUAAUUGGUUUACGGUUGGUUUAAACUAGAUGUGAGCCUAUUAAACUCCGGUUAACUCGAGUUGUGGAACCGGGCUGGGAUGUACCGAACGCUGACGAUUACCCUUAGCAAGUGGAAAGCAUCAUUUUAUGUCUAAUUAUUGAGUCUAACAGAAAAAUAUGUAAAACGAAGAAAUAAAUAGUACAGAAGUAAGAGGAUGAGUUCUUCAAUCAUCCUUGUUCUCAAAUGUAAAUAUGUUUAAAUGCAUUAGGUCAUGUAAUCGCAAUGAAACAGCGUGGAAAAGUAGGUU